AUGUCGCGCUACUCGCAUUCCCAGAGGAUGAAUCUGGGGACUGUUUUUAAUUUUCGAGAUCUUGACAAAAAUGUUCAAGUCCAUCUUAAGAACGUAUACAGUACACUCUCAAUUGGUAUGAUAAUAUCAUGUGUUGGGGCAUACUUAUAUCAAAUAAACUCUUUUCUGCAGUCGAUUACAACUUCUUUGGUGGUCUUGUCAUUCAUUUUAUCCCUUGGAAGCUCUUUGUUCAUUUAUUUCACACAACACUCAAGAGAAACUCUUCAUUCUAGACUUGGUGCUUUCUUCUUGUUCUGUUUUUCUACAGGUAUUGGUUUUGGUCCACUUCUUCAAGCAUUGUCAGUAAUCAGUCCAGAUACUAUUCCAACUGCCCUUUUGGGUACUGCCUUGAUUUUCGUCUCGUUCACCUUAACAGCACUGUUUACACGAAAACGAUAUUACAUCUAUCUUGGUGCUGGAUUGAUGUCUGCAAUCAGUUUGCUGACAACAUUUAGCUUCAUGAACUUAUUUAUUCGUUCUUCGGCCAUAUACAACGCUGAACUUUACAUCGGAUUGGCUAUAUUUUGUGCAUUUGUGAUUUUCGAUACCCAGUUAAUCGUUGAAAAGCGCCGUAAUGGGGAUACUGAUUUCGUAUGGCACACGUUGGAUUUGUUCAUUGAUUUUGUCGAAAUAUUCCGUCAUCUUCUUAUAAUCCUCAACUCCAAAAGGAGACGUGAUCGUGAUGACGAAUAA